CUUCCCGAGGCACCAUGAGAUUGUUGUCGAUGGCGAACGCGGCACUCUUCAUCGCCGCCGUUGCCCUCCUCCUCGCCGUCAAGGACAGCCAUUGCGCGCAAUUGUGCAUGGACUCGACGUUCCCAAGGGCGGUCAAUGGAUCCCUUUCCUUCUGCGGCUACAACGGCACGGCUUGCUGCAACGCCACGGACGACGCCGCCGUCCGGGGCCAGUUUUCCGCCAUGAACAUCUCAGGCACGCCGUGCGGCGACCUCGUCAAGUCCAUCCUUUGCGCGAGGUGCAACCCGUACGCCGGCGAGCUCUUCACCGUCGAGAAAACCCCUCGGACGAUGCCAUUGCUAUGCAACUCCACCGGCGUGUCGAGCCGGGUCGGCGGCGAGGCCGCGGCGACGGGGUACUGCGCGCGGGUGUGGGACACCUGCAAGGACGUCUCCAUCCCGGGGUCCCCGUUCCAGCCGCCCAAGGGCGGCGCCUCGGCACCGAAGCUCAACGAGCUGUGGCAGUCUGAGGGCGACUUCUGCGGCGCGCUGGGCGGCGAGCCCGUCUGCUUCGACGGCGAGGCCGCGGCGUUCAACGCCACCCGCGUCGCGCCGCCGGUGAACGGCAUGUGCCUGGAGCGCCUCAGCAACGGCUCGUACCUCAACAUGGCGGCGCACCCGGACGGCUCCAACCGCGUGUUCCUCAACAACCAGGCCGGCAAGGUGUUCCUCGCCACCGUGCCCCCGCACGGCUCCGGCCGGCCGCUUGAGCUGGACGUGGCCAGCCCGUUCCUCGACAUCACCGACGAGGUGCACUUCGACAGCGAGUUCGGCCUCCUUGGCAUGGCCUUCCACCCGGACUUCCACAAGAACGGCCGCUUCUUCGUCUCCUACAGCUGCGACAAGACGCAGUCGGCGUCGUGCUCCGGCAGGUGCGCCUGCAACUCUGACAUCGGAUGCGACCCAUCCAAGCUCGGCGCGGACAACGGCGCGCAGCCGUGCCAGUACCAGAGCGCCAUCGCCGAGUACACCGCCAACUCCUCCUCCGGCUCGCCUUCCACGGCGACCUCCGCAAACCCGACGGAGGCGAGGCGGAUCAUGACGUUGGGGCUGCCGUUCACGACCCACCACGGCGGGCAGAUCCUCUUCAGCCCGGGAGACGGCUACAUGUACUUCAUGAUGGGCGACGGCGGCAGCGUUGGCGAUCCGUGGAACUUGGCGCAGAACAAGGGGACCCUGCUCGGGAAAAUCAUCCGGAUCGACGUCAACAACAUGCCAGCUGGUAACAGCACUCCCGGUUGGGGCAACUACGGUAUCCCCAAAGACAACCCAUUCUCCGUAGACCCCAAGUUUGCGCCGGAGGUCUUUGCCUUGGGCUUCAAGAACCCGUGGCGUUGCAGCUUCGACUCUGGCAAGCCAUCCUACUUCUUCUGUGCCGACGUCGGCCAGUCUCUUUAUGAGGAGGUCAGCCUGGUGGUGAAUGGCGGGAACUACGGGUGGCGCGUCUUCGAGGGAGACCAAUCGUACCCGGCACUGUCAACUCCCGGAGGGAACACCUCGGCCGACUCCAUCAACGCCAUCUCGCCCAUCAUGGGUUACGCCCACAACACCGUCAACAACAACGUUGGCUCCGCCUCCAUCGUCGGCGGCUAUGUCUACCGCUCUAUGACUAACCCCUGCCUCAACGGCAGAUACAUCUACGCGGACCUAUACGCACAGGCGAUGUGGUCGGGGAUCGAGACACCGGAGAACAGCGGGGUGUACAAUGUGACACCAUUGACGUUCGCUUGCUCUGCAACGUCACAAAUCCCAUGUGAUGUCGCGGCCAAGAGCCCACUGCCGUCGCUAGGCUACAUCUUCUCCUUCGGCGAGGACAACGCCAGGGACUUAUACCUGCUCACCAGCAAGGGCGUGUAUAGGGUGGUCGAUCCUAGCAGCUGCAACUAUGCAUGCCCGAUAAAGAGCUCCGCGGAGGUAGGGGUGCCCCCACCUGCAGCAUCGCCGAGCUCUGCAUUCAAUGUACAAAGUUCCACCCUGGCAACGAUGUUGUUGGUAGGAGCGUUACUUGUCUUGUUGAGCUUGGGAUUUUGAGGAUAACUGUUUCUUUUUGAGUUAACAAUGUUCUGCAAACUAGCCAAAUGAUUGUGGUGUUUUGAUGGUAUAUAUUUUAGAUAAUCUCUCUGUGUGAUAGCGUGUAAUUUUGGAGUCUGUAUUUUAUCAAGUUUACAAGUCAAGCAUGGUAUUGCUUAAGAUCUGCAAGGUGAUCCAAAAGGUUUUGGGAUUUUCCCAUUUGCACAAGAAAUAAUUAAAUAUUGUAAUACCCACUCGU